AUGAAAGGGAUACUCAUGUAUAUGAUGGGGCCAUGCGGUCCAGGAGCUACUUUGCCCAAAAGUGAAUCUGACGAGUUUUCAGACCGGACGUCAGAUCUGGAUUUUGAUGAGCUGGCCUCGGAGAGAAGUCGGGUCGACGGAGGGUCCAGCACUGACGAGAGCAACAAGGAAGCAGCUGUAACAAGUGCUGGCAGUCACAAAGAAGUGAAACGACAAAAACAUAGACCAAAGUCGUUGAGUUUAUCCCACUCGCACAGCCACACCUCAUCGGAUGAAGAAGAGGGGUCCGGAGGCAGCGAUAAGAAAGAAGACACUUGGACAGGGGACAAGCGGGAGCGUCACGGGAAAUCUAAACAUCACUCGUCUGCGAGUCAUUUACCAACAGAUCCUUCUCUUGUGAGUUUUUCUGCUUUAUCCGCUGGCCUUCAAAAAGCAAAGAAACUGCUGACAAACACAGACGAUGGUGUCAAGGUUAAGGGAAGAGAUUUAGUCUCCCUUCAAGACUUGAUAGACAACCAUGCAGUCAACAGCCCGACGCCCCCAAGGAGUCCUAGCUGGCGUGAAGGGCUAGAAAGUCCACCAUUUUCUCCAAGACGCCGAGAUUCGUAUCCAGGCAAACGACGAGGGUCGCUUUCUCCCAAAGAAAAGAACAAUCAUUUCACGUACACAGAUAUUUCACCCCCUUCAAGGCAGUUAUCGCUUGAUGAACUGUACGGGGAGGCAUCCACACAUCCCAGCGCUUUAGACAAUGGCGUCGCGGGGUCACACGCUGCACAAAAACCCUCGCCGAUCUCUCCAGACGAGAUGAAAGGUUCGUUCAUCAGCACAAGUGGGCAGACGCUCAUGUUCGACAUGCCAGCUGUCCGUGCCAAGCCGCCGGUCAGUAUACCUGGCCCCCAGACUCAGCAUGCGGACUUGUAUAUGAGCAGCACCAUCGCCCAUUCAACCCCUGUCAUGGAUCUUGCCACUUACGCUGCCACGAUCGCCAACAGCACGGCGAGCCUGACUUCCAUGAGCGUGUCACCCACCAAUCUAUUACCUCAGUCGUCACACCCUCCUGUUGCAGAACCCAUGAGCCCGGACUCGGCGGACAGCGUGGACUCCAGCUGUUCAUCACCCGUCUCGCCUGGUUACUAUGAUAACGCCCCAGCACCUAGUGAAGAAGUCGAGGAGGUGGAGCUAGCGGAUCCCUCAUCCAAGUCGAUAGAUUUCCAGGGAUCUAAACGACAGAAAGCCAGACCACCUUCUACAGACUGGUCGCCUGUGAUUGACCUGUCCCCCAUCCUGGACGUGUCGCCUUCAGUAGAAGAAGCUGAACAGGAAGACAUGUUAGCGAAGCAAAUGGAAGAACUAGAGAGACAGCGAUCUCGCGAGGAGGCUGCCGAGGAUGAAUACGAGGACGAAGAAUCCGAAAGCUUUGAAGCCAGGCCGUUCUUUGAGUCGAAAUCUUUCGGCCCAGCAAAGAAAUCUAUUCCUCAGGUAAUACCUCGUAUACCGGCGCCGCCAUCAGCCAAGAAAUUAAAACAACAGCUUAAUGAAGAACUGGAUGACUUUGAUAUUGAUGAGGUUGAAACACCCGAGGAUGUCAGUCCAUACAUGUACGGCAGUAGUCUCAAACGUUGCGGUAACUUUGAAGAUAUCAGUCGGUUAGGUAGUGAUAAUUCUUUGAUCAAGCAUACAUCAGAUCUGCUGUCUUCUGACCGGCUAGUUGAUGACAUUGAUCUCAAUGACACCAGCAGCGACUUGCCGUUCUUUUCCUGCACAACCCAGUCUCAGACUUUGUCUCAUUCCAUGCCAGGUGCUAGUACAACAGUGUCGUCGCUUCAGGCUCCAGGGAGACAGCUACCGGAGAAAGCAGCAGAAGAACAAGGGACCAAACGCAUUAGAGACAUGGAAUCUUUGAUAACAGACGAAUUCCAUAAAGUAGCUGAAGACAUGGAGAAUAUUGUGAAAAGAGGAGCUAUGGAUGUAAAACCCAUCCCGCCACCAAAACCCAAGCGACGGCUUCCAGACCCCGAUCUGCUGAUCUCACCACCACCAGCAUCAAAGGGAUCAUUUGAGGGCUCUGAAAGAAGACCGUGCCCAAGUAUUAGAACCGAAGAGGUCGUGGACACAUCAAGCAGCAUAGACAGCUCGUUUGAUGAGGCUCCUAGCGGUAAGUACUUACCUAGACAGGAUUCAACCGAAAAGAAAAAAGCAAAAGACAUGAAAGCAAAACCAAGUCCAAUACUGGUGCAGUACAUUGAAGCUGAGGAGCAGUCCGUGUCGCCUCACUACAGAGUCAUGGAAUCACCCCCAACUCCAGAAACGAAAACCAUUAAGAGGGAGUUUUCAGACAGUACCUCAGUUUCCCCAAACUCAUCACCUGACCAGGACGUUUACGCAUUCCCAUCGCCUGUCACUCCUCCUGAUUCAGAUUCCUCACCCCCGAAGCCUCAUUCGCCAUCAUCCCCUGCAGCAGAUUUCGAUGAAGAAAGUUCUACAAUAGCUUACGAUACACUGGACCCGUACCGGGCCUCAAGUCCCUAUGACAAUGCUAAACCCUGCCACAAGCCUCGAAGAACUAGUCCCUCUAUUGGAACUUUGCAAUCUGCAGCCUCUUCUUCACAAGCUGACCAGCAGUUAGCUACCUCUAAGCCGGAAGUCAUGAGACCUCCUAUCUCACCAAGGAAAAGUAUACGGAAGUUCGAUGACAAAAAUACGAACGCUAGAUCCAGUCCAGUGUAUGAAAAUGUCCAAGACUUAACAACUCAAGAGUACCUGCAGGAGCAGCAGAAACACGCCUUGUUUCUAACUGAUGUCUCAGACACUGCUGCCUCACGCAAGGGAUUUACUAGACUGGAUGCCAUGUCAAAAGGACUAGGCGGCCAGUACUCUACCCAGCCUGCUGAAAUCAUCACCUUCCCGCUGGCAGGCGACUUUACGGGCCGCAAGAGAAGUAGUUCAGCCCCAGCCACAGAACUUCAGGAAAUACCCAAACCGUCUCAACGUCCGGAACCUGCCCUUCGACCCAGGUCAGCAUCUGCCGAAUACGAGCAAGAGCCACCGCUGGAGAGGACACCAAGUGUGAGAGAUAAAAUUCGAGCUUUUGAAGAGGUAAAUAUUUGUGAUGUUCAUUGUAUAAAUUUGCUAGCAUGUGUGCCGUUGUCUUGUAUAAUGUGA